GCUGCCCUAACUGUACUAAAGUAGUGACUCCACCAAGUGUGGGCCCGAGGAAGAAUAGAGGCAAUAACUACCAGUAAAUAUUUCCUGUAAAAAGGCUAUUUAUAACAACCAAAUAAAACAGCUGAAAUUCUAUUAUGUCUCAGGAUUUCAGUGUCUCAGGAUUUCAGUGUGCCACCCUGAGUUUAUCUAUGGCCCCCAUCUGACCCCCCGCCCCUCUUUGUAAACACUGUGGGCGCGCCCCUGUAGCGGACUGUCAUGGCGGCCCAGAUUCGUACUGUCAUCUCGGGUCAGUGGCUGGCGAACGCUGUCCGAACUAAUCUCGUCGGUCCAAAACUUCGCAUUCUCGACAGCUCCUGGUACCUUCCCAAAGCCAAGCGGAACACCAGAGAGGAGUUUGCUCAGAAACACAUCCCGGGCGCGUCGUUCUUCGACAUAGACGAAUGCUGCGAUGAGAGCUCGGAGUUUGACCACAUGCUGCCGACCUCCAGCCUCUUCUCUCGGUAUGUGGGAGAUCUCGGCAUCGGCAACGACACGCACGUCGUCGUGUACGACACCAGCGACUCGGGUUCGUUCAGCGCCCCCCGGGUGUGGUGGAUGUUCCGGGUGUUCGGCCACAGAUCGGUCUCGGUGCUGGACGGAGGCAUGAAGCUCUGGGAGGCUGACGGACACCCGGUGAGCUCCGAGUACAAGAAGCCCGAGCGUAGAGACUUCCAGGCGACCCUGAACGCAUCAUGGGUGAAGAGCUACGUGGACGUCCUGGAGAACAUCAAGACCAAGGAGGUCCAGGUGGUGGACGGCAGGUCUGCUGGCAGGUUCAAGGGUACUGAUCCAGAACCCAGAGAUGAUACCUUGCCUGGACAUUUCCCCGGAGCCAUCAACAUGCCGUACACAACCUUCCUGGAUUCUUCCGGAAAACAUCUCGAAACCGAGGCCCUGGCCAAGCUCUUCAAGGACUCUGGGGUGGACCUGGAGCGUCCUCUCUGGGCUUCCUGCGGUUCUGGAGUCACAGCGUGUCACAUCAUCCUGGCUGCUCAUCGACUCGGACACCCGGGGGUCCCUCUUUACGAUGGUUCUUGGGUUGAAUGGUUUAAAAGGGCGUCUCCAGAGAACAUCAUAUCGGAAGGGGAGGGAAAGAAGGUGUAAGUGAUAGAACCAUCAGCAGGGAUGGUGCAAGACUAAACUAGCUUUUAAAGAGAAAGCGAUGUGUUCACUUCAAAAGAGAAACAGUGGGAUUAGCCUUAAUUUGAAUGUUGUUAUUGCUGUGAGGAUCUGUGAGUUUUAUAUCUGUACUGGUCUAUUUGUGUAGGGACAGGUGAGGGUUUCUACAGUAAAAAAGCCUUACAGAUAUAACUUCUUAUCACAGCUGCUUAUUAUUUCAAAGAUUAUGAUUUUUUUUUCACUUUCUGGAAUAUUAUGAUAGGAUUUUUUUAUUUUCACAAAUGUUACAAUUAUUUAGCUGUGGCAGCCAUAAUUAUGUCUGUACAAAUCCAUUAAUUACUUUCCCUUUGGUCUCUGGUUCAUGAGAUAUUUUGCUAACAUUACAAACACACCCACCUUUUUAUUACCUGCCACUUAUGACAGUGUCUGAAAAAAAUAAAGAUCUCCCUUAAGAACAAGUAAUAUAUAUUUUUUUCAGUGCAAAUUCCAAUUAAAACUAGCACUUUUACUGAAAUAAUUUUGUACAUGUUCUGAGUGUGACUUGUACGUCACAAUUUGCAGCUUUACAGUGAUUGUUUAUAAUGAACAUGGAAUCCUAAAGGCAUCUUAAUGUGAAAAAGAAUGAAACUACCAAGUAAGGGUUCAGUGCUCUGAAAAUUGCCUUAAUAAACAAUAUAAGAUGUUUAAUAAAUGUUGUGCUGUGACAUUUA